CUAUGUAUAAACAUAUCCCCUUCCCUGGGGCCCUUUCUGCUUUCUGGCCAUUCUCAUUCCUUUGUUCCACGUCUCUCGUUUUGAACCUGUAUGGGCUGCAUCUGUGUCUUUCCCUUCUGAUGAGCCUCCUGCGUGUCUGAAUGCACAAGAUCGAAUUUAUCCUGGCGUCAGAAUCAUAGCUCAUGGCUGACGGAUACUCUCGGCUUCCCGGCGAACCGAACGCUUUGUACAGCAGCCGGAACCGAUCGCAGACCGCAGUGGCGCCCACCAAGCGGGCAUCAUCGUUCUAUCCCCCCAGAGGUCCCGGGAUUGUAGACGAGUCGAAUCCCGAUCCCUUCUAUCUGGAGAACACGCUCGCGGGCGCUGCUCCCUGGGGGAUUCGCCGGCCGGGCAGUCGGGAUGUGAGGUGCAGUGAGGAGGCCCACCCAUAUUCGAUGCUCUCCUCGGUGUAUUCCAACGAGAUUCCCUUUGCACCUACAGCCCGCGGUGAAGCGACCCGGCUGCGGUCCAAUAUCAACCGAUCCACACUGUCUGUGGUUGAGCUGGAGCAUCAGCUCGGAUUGCAGCAGGUCGCCGCCCGUCCGUGGGGAGCAUCGGCAGUGCAUCACGACCAGAGCUCUUUCAGCUCGGUGCAGACUGAAGCUACCCCAGACUUGACCCCCAGCAGUUCCUUCUCAUCCAAUCUUUCGGCUCCCAUUUACCCGGAGAGCCUUCCGCCCACCGAGCCCCUUCCAGUGCCACCUAGCCCUAGAAACAACGUAUAUCCUUGUUCGUCCACUCCCUUCAACCAAUCCCAAUCCACUCUGUGCACACAGUCCUCCACGCCGGUGCGGAAGGGGAAGCCUCAGACCGUGGCACCCAACGCGUCGUCGGACACGCUGGUCAUGCAUCGGGUCGACAGUCACGAACCCCCGCCCCAUCUUGGGAAGCCAUUGCCAUCUCUGCCGAAUGGAGCGGGCAGUAGCAUCGCCCACUCCAACCGGAAAGGCCCUCCUCCCCCCAUCCGGCCUCCCAUUGCUCCGUCGAUGAUCUCGCCGCCGUCUCGGAUCAAUCCGGUGACCAUGGAACCACACGCCUCUCAUUUUGACCAAGCGAUGUUUAUCCCCGCCAAUGACUGUCCGAGUCCUGUGCCCAGCCCGGGACCGGCGUCGCCCGCGCUGGAACGCUAUCCCACCGCCAAUUCCGGUCGAGAGCGGCCGUCCACAUCGGCGUCGCGUGCGGCGUAUUGUGAGCAGUCCGUGUGGGAAUCCGACUCGGACAGCGAGUCGCCGGACCCCAAAUCACUGUCGCGGAAGCCCAUGGAUACGUUGAAGAAAGUCCGCAGCCGCGUGCAUCUACGCGUGGCCAAGUCGGCCCCCAAACUGCAACCCACGCAGACUGCCAGUCAGCCGACACACUCUUUGGAGAAAUAUUCGUCGAUGCCGGACCAGCCCCCGGAGGAGCUAUGUCCGUCGCCCACGCGGCACACGACGAAGGGCCGCUCGCGCGACGCUCAACGACAUCACGCGCCCACGUUGCGGCUGGUUGAUCCAUCCGUAACAUCCCUGGUCCUGCCACAGUCACGUCGGAGCAGCGGUCAGGCGCGCACCAUUGACAUUGACCGAACGACUGCGGCCGCGAUGCAAGCGAAAUCGCGCCGCCGCCCGCGGUCCGACUCGAAAAAGUCGCUCCCACCAGAGCGAGAGAAGGUAUGCACCUUCUGUCGCGAGGAUCGCUCUGACAAGGCGAUCCUGUCCCUGGCCCGGCCGCCGCUGUACAAACGAGUGUGGGACUCGUUGCGGGUGCUCGGCUGCCACGGGGAAAUCCCACCGCGGUCUCGCAGACCGAUGUAGUUAUGCUUUGCUUUUCGAAUAAAAGUCCGGAACGGCGUUGAAUGAUGUACGGCUAUGCUACGACUACCGAACGGCCCAGCCGGAUACCAAAGGGUAUAUGAUUGACCUAAUGU